CGGUGAGGGUCAGUGUUGGUGUAUUGGCGCAGGAGACAGGUCAGGCUACGCUGCAGGUUGUAAGGUUCGCGUAGAUUCCCAGGAGCAGACAUGGAUAACGCCGGUAAGGAGAGGGAGGCCGUGCAGCUGAUGGCCGACGCCGAGAAGAGGGUGAAGUCCUCGCAUUCCUUCCUGAGGGGUCUGUUCGGUGGCAACACAAAGAUUGAAGAAGCUUGUGAAAUGUAUGCGAGGGCUGCAAACAUGUUCAAGAUGGUCAAGAACUGGAAUGCUGCAGGAAAUGCAUUCUGUCAGGCGGCCAAACUCCACAUGCAACUUCAGAGUAAACAUGAUGCGGCCACAAGUUUUGUCGACGCUGGGAAUGCCUUUAAGAAAUCUGAUCCUCAAGAGGCCAUCAACUGCUUAAAUGCAGCCAUCGAUAUUUACACUGAUAUGGGAAGGUUUACGAUUGCUGCUAAACAUCACAUUACCAUUGCUGAGAUUUAUGAAACGGAACUUGUAGAUAUUGAAAAGGCUGUUGCACAUUAUGAGCAGUCAGCAGAUUAUUAUAAAGGGGAAGAGUCCAACAGCUCUGCAAACAAGUGUCUGCUAAAGGUGGCUUCGUAUGCUGCUCAACUGGAACAGUAUCAAAAAGCAAUAGAAAUAUAUGAACAGGUCGGUACAAGCACGAUGGAUAAUCCUCUGCUGAAGUAUAGUGCAAAAGAAUAUUUCUUCAAAGCUGCCCUCUGUCAUUUCAUCGUAGAUGAGCUGAAUGCUAAGCUUGCCGUGGAGAAGUAUGAAGAAAUGUUCCCUGCAUUUUCAGAUUCAAGAGAAUGCAAGCUUAUAAAGAAAUUGCUUGAAGCUCAUGAAGAACAGAACAGCGAAGCGUAUACCGAAGCUGUGAAGGAAUUCGACUCCAUAUCCCGUUUGGACCAAUGGCUGACUACUAUGUUACUCCGCAUCAAGAAAUCGAUCCAAGGAGAUGGCGACGGGGACUUGAAAUGAGGAAGGGAAUUACAGUGAACACAUGUCUGGUCCCUCUUUGUUCCAAUCUCUGCCGUUUCAGUUUCCUUUUACAUUUCAGUGCCAGUCUAGUCUGUAGUACAACACGAUGUUAAUGGCUGCAUGUCAUCGAGCACUGAAGGGAUUUCAUAGUAAAUUAAAUUAUUUAAAGAAAAAUAAAAUAAAAUUGAUGAGGAUGGAGGAGAUGAAUAAUAUGUAAAGCCAGUAGCUGUAGGAGUCCAGUGUAAUUUAUUUUUUAUUUUUUUAGAAUUGACCCCCACCUCUGCACAGUGGAAGCAGCCAUGAUUUGGACUCUCCUAAUAUAGUAUGUGUUGAAGUCACUUGGGUGUUCAAUGAUUAUAUCACGUGGCUCAUAAAGAAGUAUAGACAAAGAUGAUCGCGGCUUCCGUAAGUCUAAAUCUUCUACCGGAGUGCCAUUUAAAGAAGUCCUCCAACUAAAAAUCUGAUUAAUAAUAAGUGUGGAUUACUGAUUCUUCACGGCGUUGCUUUAAAGACAUAGCACUGUCUUACUAGGCCUUAUUGACAGACUAUAGCAUAAGGGCUUAACUGUUUAGAACUCCAAAAACAUAUGUAUCCUAUAUAAGUCAUAUAAUGGGCUGAUCUCUGCAUAUCUCAUACUUCAUAUAGAAAGAUUUGGUUAUAGUUUAAAGGGGUACUCCGGUGGAAAACUGUUUUAAAUUUUUUUUUAUUUUUAUUUUUUUUAAAUCAACUGGUGCCAGAAAGUUAAACAGAUUUGUAAAUUAGUUCUAUUAAAAAAUCUCAAUCCUUCCAGUACUUAUUAGCUGCUGAAUACUACAGAGGAAAUUCUUUUCUUUUUGGAACACAGAGCUGUCUGCUGAGUGCUCUCGGCUGACGUCUCUGUCCAUUUUAAGAACUGUCCAGAGCAGGAUAUGUUUGAUAUGGGGAUUUUCUCCUACUCCUGGACAGUUCUUAAAAUGGACAGAGAUGUCAGCAGAGAGCACUGUGCUCGAGAUGUCAGCAGAGAACUCUGUGUUCCAAAAAUAAAAGCAUUUCCUCUGUAGUAUUCAGCAGCUAAUAAGUACUGGAAGGAUUAAGAUUUUUUUUAAUAAAAGUAAUUUACAAAUCUGUUUUACUUUCUGGCACCAGUUGAUUUAAAAAAAAUUAAAGUUUUCCACCGGAGUACCCCUUUAAGUCCUGGUUGGACUGAGAAGGUGUUGGAAGAAAAUGGUUUAUCAAAGAUUUUAUUUAAAAAUAAUAAUAUGAAUAUAGUAAAGAGUUGUAUUAUAAUGGUUAAUCUAUGGACCAAACUAUAAUGUAGAAUUUUGUUUUUGGCUAAUUUAUUGUGUAUAGAGGGUAUGCUAUUCGGAUGUAGGCUAGGGGCGGCAUGGUAUAUUAUGGUACCGUUGUGAGAUUUCCAUGUUUACCGGAUUGGAAGUGAAUUUGUCAGCACGUGUAUAUGUGAUAUUAGCUGCACACAAUGUCCAUUAGGCGACAGUACAAAGAUAUCAAACGUACCUUUGUUAGUGUCGAUGGGUUUUUCACAAAAUGUAAAAUGAUAAAAUUUACCUUGGACUUAAAGGAGUACACCGAUGCUCAGCGUUUGGAACAAACUGUUCCCAAAGCUGGAGCAGGGAGCUUGUGACAUCAUAGACCCGCCCACUCAUUAUGUCAUGCCCUGCCCCCUCAAUGCAAGUCUAUGGGAGGGGGCGUGACAGCUGUCACGCCCCCUCCCAUAGACUUGCAUUGAGGGGGCGGGACGUGAUGUUGUGAGAGGGCGGGGCUGUGAAGUCACGAGCUGCCGGCUCUGGCGUUCGGAGCAGUUUGUUCCAACCUCUGAACAGCGGAGUACCCCUUUAAGUGUCAGGAAGGUGGGGCUGAGAUGGUUAAGUGCCACAGCAAUGGAUUUGGAGGCACUGUAAGCCAAGCCCUGUGCGUUAACCAACCAGUCAUGGCUGGGGACCCAGAAGCAAGUGAUGCUGCUACACGUAACCAGCUCUGCCCCAGCUCCUUGACACUUGAGCAUGGAGAGAAAAUUGUCAUUUUAAGGGUACGUUCCCACCUGGCGUAUUUUUCUGCGUAUUUGCUGCUGCGUAUUUUCCUACCCAUUGACUUCAAAGGGAAAUAGAAUACGCAGCAAAAUAUGCCAGGUAGGAACAUAACCUAAAAGUUGCGGCAAAACAAAUCAACACUAAUAAAGAUAUAUUUUUGAUAUUGUCAUCCUGUCACCUUUCUGUUGGUAUCUGCAGCACACAUAAUAAAUAUGAGUUGACAGAUUCCCUGUGAGGUAAUAACCUAGAAACUGUCCCAGGAACAGAAGAAUAAGCAUGAAUCCUAUGGAGAAUAGUGUAUAUCUAGAUAUCUAGUGUAUAUCUAUCCAAUUCGAUCACCAAAAUGUUCUUUUCUUCUGUAUAAGUAUUGUCUGCUUUCACUGUGCAUAUCCAGCAGGCAAAUUUGACCAUGUUCAUAUGAAAUUCUUUCAGGACAUGAUUUGCAAUACAGGAAAACAUGCAACAAGAUCAGAUUUAUUUAUUUUUUUUACCUUUGAUUAUUUGUACGUGCGUUUUCUUAUUUUUUGUGAUUCACUUAGCACAGCCCAUUUUAUACUUGGGACGUCACUUCUGAAGCCUCUGACCGUUUCGUACCUUUUUGACUUUUGUGAAACUCUUUUCUUUUACGUGGUAAUUUUUGUUUUCAUUUGAGAUGAUCAGAAAAACAGUAUUUUUGCACAGUUGUGAGAAUAUGCAUACUACUCCGUGUCACAGUAAUAUGAUGCAAUAGUUUUUGUAGUCUUGUGUCUCGUCCUGUGUGUGUCUUAAAUGAUUAGAUUUUAGGGAUAUCAUUAAGAAAUAGUGGAUGGCAUGUGUCGGCUGUUGUGCAAAAAUGUCAUGCUGCAGUUUCCAACCUAUAUCAUGGACAAUCUGUCUUCCUUCUCAGUGUAUAAUUAUGUAGCCAAUAUCUAACAACUCUUAAGCAGGAAAUACUGUGUCUUUUUGUGUGCACAUUGUACAGUUAAUAAAGUGACAGUAUGCAACAGCAGUAAAA